UAUUAUUGGCAGUUGACACUUGGCAGUGGCAAAAACUGUAUAAUAAUUUAUUAAAAAUAUCCAUAUGAUAAAAAUGAUGUUUUUAAUAUUACAUAAUAACAAAAAUGAAUUUUUGAAAUCUUUUUAGUUCAUUUAGCGAUAACAAUGUUUUAUAAAACUACAUGUGUACGUACAAUGCUGCAAAACACUUUAAUAAUUAGGUAUUCUUGGAGACGGUACGAUCAAUGUGUAAGAUUCUUAUCUAAUUUACAAACACAAGAGAAAAGAAUCGGUCCAUUGGAUUUGUAUUCGAAAAAAAUAUCAGAGGGUUUACUUAGUAGAGACACUCACCAAGAAGAUGUUGUCAAACACCUUGAACACGUAUAUCAAGAAGUUGUCAAUUUUAAGCGCCCAGCAACAGCCUCCAAACGUAAUCCUAUAUUUUCGUUUUUUAAGAGAAGCGAACCUCCAAAAAUUUUAGCACCACAAGGGUUGUACAUAUAUGGAAGUGUUGGAGGUGGAAAAACCAUGCUCAUGGAUUUGUUCUAUGAAACAGCCCCGAUCAAAGAAAAGUUAAGAGUACAUUUUAACUCAUUUAUGUUAAAUAUCCAUUCAAGGAUCCAUGAACUUAAAAUCAAAUCUGGAAAAGGAGCAAGUUUGUUUAAAGAUGAAGGAUCAAAACCAUUUGAUCCCAUACCACCUGUGGCAGCAGAUAUAACCCAAGAAUCAUGGCUUAUUUGUUUUGAUGAAUUUCAAGUGACUGAUAUUGGUGAUGCAAUGAUAUUAAAACGUCUCUUUACACAAUUAUUUGAUAAUGGUUGUGUUGUCAUAGCAACAAGUAAUCGGCAACCUGAUGACCUAUAUAAGAAUGGAUUACAAAGAGCUAAUUUCCUGCCAUUUAUACCCAUAUUAAAAGCGCAUUGUAAUGUUGUACAACUUGAUUCUGGUAUUGACUACAGAUUGCAAGGAAGUGGUGGCAAAUUUGGAAAGUAUUUCAUAAACAAUGAGUUAACACCAGGAAACAAUGGCGUUGAUAAUCUUUUUAAAUUUCUAAUAUCAAAAGAAAAUGAUACAGUGAGAGUAAGAGUAAUUAAUAUAUUAGGAAGAAAUGUUAAAUUUGCCAAGAGUUGUGGGCGUGUCUUAGAUUCAACAUUCGAAGAAUUGUGUGAUAGACCUCUUGGUGCCAGCGAUUACCUCAUAUUAUCUAAAACAUUUCACACUGUGUUCAUAAGAGAAUUGCCUCAACUGUCAAUUGUCAAACAUAGGUCACAGAUUAGAAGAUUCAUAACAUUGAUUGACACAUUUUACGACAACAAAGUGCGGGUUGUCAUAGCAGCUGACUGUGAACCAAAAACCUUAUUUAAUUUAGACGAUACAAAAGAUGGGUAUGGCGAUGCUGAUAGAGCUCUAAUGGAUGAUUUGAGCAUUUCUAAGGAUUCAGAAAACUCUCGAGCGGCCAUUUUUACAGGCGAAGAAGAAAUGUUCGCGUGUGAUAGAUGUCUGUCAAGAAUAAUGGAAAUGCAAACGGACGAAUAUUGGGAGAAAUGGGGUAAAAAUAUAUGAUCUUCCAUAUCAUAGUAAUUUUGUGUUCAUUAGUGAAAUUUCAAAUAGUUAUUAUGUAGUUAUAUUUUGUUAAUUGUACAAAGUACUUACGAGUUUUAGUGCCUUUGUAGAAGUGUUUUCCAAACAUCUCAUGGUACAAAUUUUUAAUUUAGCUUAAAAAGUGUAUAAUGUUGCUAUUUAAAUACAAGUGUAUUUAUUAGUUAGACUUAUUGACUUUUAAAUAUCAUUGAAUUUUAUGAUGGGCGCCAAAAUUCAAAUAUGCUAAAGAGUAUAUAAUAGAGACUAGAAAUGGCGCGCUUCGUAGUCUGUGCGUACCAGCGUGGCGAAGAUCUAAAGUAAAAUUGUUAUUUUCAACGCAUUACUUUACAACUAUAUAUUUUGUCUGUCUAAUUUUAAUGACUUAACAAAGUUUUCGACAUAACAAAAAAGCUAAUUUAGUACUGCAAUGAUCUCCCACGAUGGUUCUCUUUCCGCACAGACUAUAGAAAUUGUGUGCCUCGUGGCAUAGUAAUGGAAACUCUUUGGUGAUAAAAACCUUUGAUGUGUAUCAUAUGAAUAUUGUUUUAAAUCAAUGAUGACGUUCGUAAUUAAAAUACUACGAAAAAUAGAUUAGGAAGCCUUGUUAAGUGUUCAUUAGAAUGUUUAUCCCUUAAAACAAUAAUUUAACAUAGUGUAAGUAUUGAAAAAAAUGUAUUGUAUUAAGGUUGUACAUGAAACAAUAAUCAUAGUAUAUAUCAGUUAUAUGCCAGACGACAGAUGAUGUAAUUUAUAUAUGUACAUGAUGGAAUUUUUUGACGCCACCCACUAGAGAAGUACUCUAAUUAUUUGUAUAUUUUUAUACUUAAACCAGAUUUUACGUAAAGCUCAUGAACCUUAAGCUUACGUAAGCAACUCUAUCUUCCUUUGACACAAAAUUUGUAUCUAAUAUUAAAAUCAAGAUGCUUUGUGUUUUCUUAAACACUCGUUUACAUAAAAUUUGCUACUUACGGUACUACCCCUCUGCCAUUAUCAAAUUCCAUCAAUUGUAAUAUAUAUUUCUAAAUAAUGGAUUCUUUUCAAUUAAAAGGGUUGUGAAGUAAUUUUUUUAUAUAAAAUUUUUUUCGAUGUUGAAGACAAUUUUGACAAGAUAUGUUAUCUGUCGAGAGCAUAAACGCACAUAUAUUUUUAAUGUUUCGAAAUUAUACAGUCAUUGUUACAGUAUUAAGCGACAUUGUAAUUAUUAAUUUUAAUUAAAUAGCUUGGAUUUUUUGGUCUAGAUUGAAUCUUGAGAUCAUUCGUAGUAACUCUAAAUCUUAUCACACUGUUUUAACUAAAGUAUUGUCUCGUUCAGUCUAUAAGUCUUUACUCUGUGGGGAAAGGGCUCUUUACUCUGCUUAACUAGCAGGAAAUUUUUGAUUGUUCUGUCAUUUAAACGUUAAUACGAUCAGAUGUCAGUUUUUGACAGUUGUUAAAAUUAUGUGUGCUUCCGAUUAGUUUCACGAAGCGCUUUAUGUUGCCUAUACAAAACUCUAAGUUUUCGUUAACAAGACCUAUUGAAGUAUAUCGUGAGACUUAGUUCGUACUUUAGUUCAAACAAUAACUUUCCUGUUGAAAAACGUUUUUAAACAAUGCUUACAAAAUCUUAAAAUAUUUAAUAAUUAAGUAAAAACUUUUCAUAGACAAUAAUUUACUCUACAACUUUAAGCUAAUCGAAACUAGACCUUAAAAUACCAAAGCAUCAUAUUUUGUGAGUUUUUAGACGUUAAAAUAUUUAUUUUCUGUUAAAUAAACGAGACGAAAGUGUUAA